AUGUCGGGAAUUACAUCUAUUUUUGGUUCUUCAGGGUCUAAUAAGACAGAGUCCCCCCUUUCAACUUCAACUUCUUCGCAGUCUAGCACAGAAAUCAAACGUCAAAUCCAGGAAAAGAUUCAGCAAGAGUUGGCCAUUGCUAAUGCCACAGAGUUAGUUAACAAGAUUACCGAAAACUGCUAUACAAUCUGUGUUCCCAAGCCAGGAUCGUCCCUCAGUUCUACUGAACAAACUUGCACAAAGCAAUGCAUGGAAAAAUACAUGCAAGCCUGGAAUACUGUUUCACGAGCUUACAUUUCUCGCAUUCAACAGGCUUCUGCUCAAGGUCUCUAA